CCUAUUAUGAACUUUGUCUUUGUUUGAUGUGACUUUGAUUCAAAUUAAGAUGAGAAUUCCUUUUUAAGGCAUUCCUAUUUUUACUUAUGUCCUUGUUAUGCAGCCGGCCGGAUCUCGAAUAGUCUAUUACCUAGCUUGUUAGCUAGCAAGAACGACGGCUAACUAAUUAUCCAAUAUGAUCGAGAAGUUGAAUAUUAUUAAUAAAUCUUAUUAUGCCAGGUAAUAACAGCAUAUAACUCGUGUUAACAGCAAUUCAUUCAACGACCUAGUGAUCAGUGUCUUUAAAUACCGCUUUGGGAGAGCUUAAUUAUAUUAGACACACACACACCAAACAACGCAGAGAAAUAUAGUUAUUGUUCUUUGUCACUACAACAAUGGCUUCCUUGUCCACUUUCACCAUGACCACCUUCCCCCCCACUCCCACCACUGGCCGGAGAACCACCGUUGCCGGCUUAGGCGGCCACCGUGCUACUUUCCCGCAGCCACCCAAGAUCGUCUCUCGCCGCAGUGACACGUCAAAUUAUUACUUGGAGGUCGAAACCCUAUCCGCCGCCGCCCCCGCCUUCCCUUUUCCGCUCUCGGGUGGAACCGUUGGUUCGACCGGUAGACGCAACUUCCUUCUUCCGCCUAUCUUGUGCAACAAGGCAGAUGAAGCCGUUGAUCCGACCAACGGAAAUGGCGACAACUUCCUUCUUCCUCCUAUCUUGUGCAACAAGGCAGCUGAAGCCGUUGAUCCGACCAGUGGAAAUGGCGACAACUUCUUUUUUCCUCUUAUUACUAUGUUUCUCUUCGGCUGAGGCCGUGGACUCGUCCGGUGGUGGCGCCGCCGGCUGUGUUACUGGUUUUCCGGUGUUCGGGAGGAAAGCCGAAGCCGUGGACAAGGCUGAAACCUGAGAGACUUUCUGUUGAUCUGCGUUUGUUUUCCUGUUUGUGUUUUCUAAAAAGUUAUUUCCAAAAGAGGAAUAACAUAAAAUAUGUAAGUGGAGCCGUGUUUCCUUCAAUUAAAUUUGUUGUUGUCUGUCUGAAUGACUUUCUGUUGUAUCAUUAUUAUUAUUUUUCCGGAAAAUGCACGCCGGUUGGAGCAUUAUUUCUAAUAUAUCUAUCCACCUUCUAGUAUUUUGCUUUGUUUUCAUUUUCUUGUUGGUUUUCCAAAUUGUUUAUUACUAAACAUUAUUAAUAGUAUAAAGCGGAAGCAUAACAAACAAAGGUCUAAAAAAAUUUAGUGGGUAGUCGAGAUAUAAUCUGAGCCUCCACUCCCUUAGCUAUGUUCUCGUUAUUGUUAUGUGUUAACUAAGUUAUUAAUCAUUUAGACUAAAGUAUAGAAGUGUUGUAAAAAUUCUAUUUAUUAAUCAUUUGAUACAAAAUGGUAUUUUUCUUCCAACUCCUAGGCACGCUUCAGCGAUGCCUAAACGAGCUAGAUGCUAGGCACAACGCUCGUCUUAUGUUCAACGCUUUCUUGAAUCUACAUCACAAUAAUGGAGCAAAUGAGUUAUUUGAAUGAGGAUUUUGAAGUAAAAUACUGCAAAACAAAGUCGUUCUGCGUAAUUGUCGGGAAUCAUUUUAAAAUGUGCAUUAAAAAAUAUAUAAUGAAUUAUCACCAUAAUUUUUCUUGUUGCAUUCGAAGCGAUUGAAAUCUAUAUUAGAACAAAAAAAAAGAGUAGGCGGGCAGUAAAUUAAAAAUUCUAGUACCACACGAGAAGUAGUACAUAGUAGUUGAGCUGAUACAACUACCAUUGCAACUGUACACUGAUAUCAUUGUACUGAUACAACUACCACUGCACUGAAAAAAGGAAAGUAAUUGAUAUGGAUUUUUAAUUCAGACAGAUAAUUAAAUGCAACACAGAUUUAUUACCUUAAAAGCCUAUAAUUAAUGGGGGUGUCAUUUUUCCAGCUCCUUGAACGGUAGUCAUGAGGGGUUACGGUGAUUACUACAAAAGUAGUAAUCACCGUGGUUACUAAGGGUAAAUUGGGUAUGAUAAAUAAAGUGUAUUAAUUAAUUUUUUUAAUAAAUUACAUUAUAGGUAGUUACAAGAAUCUAUUAAUUACAAUUUUCUCUCUUUCUCUCACUUCCAUAAUUUCCACCCAGAUCCCCUUUCCUUAUUUUUCUCAAUAUUUCUGCAAAAGAAAAAAAAACACGAAAUCACUACCAAUCUAUUAGAUAACCACUACCACUUUGAAAAAUAUCAAUACCAUUGCAAAAAUAAAUUUAUACCAUUACACAAAAACUACCAAUAUAAACAAUCUACCAAUACAAAUAUAUACCACUUCACAAAAAAUCAAUACCAUUGCAGAUUUAAUCAAUACCAAUGCGACAAAAAUAAAAUUAUAUCAUUUCAUAAAACAAAAUAAAUAAAACAGUACCAAAACAAAACUAUACCAAAGCAAUUGAAAGAGUACCAUUCCAUUUGGGCUUUCUUCUUCUGAUUAUGACGUCGGCAGAGUAGCCUUUCCAGCCAUCCCGAGAGAGAGAGAGAGAGAGAGAGAGAGAGAGAGAGAGAGAGAGAGAGAGAGAGAGAGAGAGAGAGUACUUGGCCUCCAGUUUGGCCGAUUUUAGCGGUGAGUACAACGGCCAGACACGGCAAGGACAACGGCGUAGCCCGGCAGGGAGAGGGAGGAAGGUGGGAGUCGAGAGAGAGAGGUUGGCCGAUCUUAGCGGUGGAGGCAAGGGCAGAGGUGACGGGGAUGGCGGCGUAACCUAGCAAGGAGAGGGAGGGAGGUGGCACGUGAGAGGGAUGGAGAAUAGGCUUGUAUUAGGGUUUUGAUAAAAUAUAUAUAUAAAAAUUAAUUUUGUUA